UCUUGAAAGACAGCUGUGUUAGAGACUAUUCGCACCUUGGAUAUUCAUUCACAGGACCACAAAUACCUCAUACGUGAGCUUCCUUCGUGCUGACUCCCUGUAUAGUCAGUUUUGAGGAGAGCACUAAGACUAGAAAAAAGAUUGUUGGAGCAGAACCACUGAGCCCAAGCAGACACUGCAUCUUCAGCUGUCACUGAGCUGAGCGUGCACUCCAGUUGGAAAAGCUGAGCUGGAAGCUUCCUGCUGGCGGUGAGGUGGCGUGACCCAUCUGCAAGCAUAAGACAUGGGCUGCCACGUGACUCCCUUCCUUUCCUACAAACUCCGAUUGCUCUUGCUUUUCACUUUGUGCCUGACGGUGGUGGGGUGGGCCACCAGCAACUACUUUGUGAGUGCCAUUCAGGAGAUUCCUAAAGCGAAGGAUUUCAUUACUACUUUCAAAAAGGCCGUGGUUUUGGGGAAGAAAGAAAUUCUGGCUGACGAAGCCUCUGUGAAAAGAGCAGACCUAGACAACUGCCCUUCCGUCUCUCCACACCUCAGAGGUCAGAACAAGCUCUUUUUCAAGCCAGAUCUUACUCUGGAAGAGGUGCAGGCAGAAAAUCCCAAAGUGCACAGAGGCCGCUAUCACCCUGCGGAAUGUAAGGCUUUGCAGCGGGUUGCCAUCCUCAUUCCACACCGGAACCGGGAGAGACACCUGAUGUACCUGCUGCAGCACCUUCACCCCUUCCUGCAGAGGCAGCAGCUGGAAUACGGCAUCUACACCAUCCACCAGGCCGGGAGUAAAAAGUUUAAUCGAGCCAAACUCUUGAAUGUGGGCUUCAUAGAAGCUCUCAAGGAUGAAAUGUGGGACUGCUUUAUCUUCCACGACGUGGACCUGGUGCCCGAGAAUGACCUGAAUCUUUACAGGUGUGAGGACCAGCCCAAGCACCUGGUGGUGGGCCGGAACAGCACUGGGUACAGGUUGCGUUACAGCGGAUAUUUUGGGGGCGUUACUGCCCUAAGCCGAGAGCAAUUUUUCAAGGUGAAUGGAUUCUCUAACAACUACUGGGGAUGGGGAGGCGAAGAUGAUGACCUCAGACUCAGGGUUGAGCUUCAUAGAAUGAAAAUAAUCCGGCCAAUGCCUGAUGUGGGCAAAUAUACAAUGAUCUUCCACACUAGAGACCCAGGCAAUGAGGUGAACAUAGGGCGGAUGAAGCUCUUACAUCAGGUGUCACGAGUCUGGAGGACAGAUGGGUUGAACACUUGUGUUUAUAAAUUACUAUCCGUGGAUUACAAUCCUUUAUAUGUCAACAUCACAGUGGAUUUCUGGACUGGCCCAUGACCGUGGAUUGUCUGGUGAUAUUCGGAAAAACUGGAUAUAUGAUUGCAAUAAUUUGGGCCUAGAGACUUCCCCUAGAAGCACACAUUUAGAACGUGCUACAGCUAAUUAUUGAGCUGAACUUUUCCUUUUUGUAUUUUCUUAGUAGAGCUCCUGGUGAGAUGGAACAUAAUGCAAUAGUAACAAAACAGCUUUCUUAGUUGUUUUGCUCAUGAAGGUUAAAAUAUUGCAAUAGAUACUUGAAGGACUGAAUGUAAAAGGAAGACUCAAAAGCUAUCAUGCAGGCUACUUGAGAACACUAAUGGAAGGAGAUUUAUUUAGGUUUGAAGUGAUUCAUUGUGGGAUAAAAGAGGCCAUCGGAAAUAAGAUUGCUGAAUGUCCCAGAGAACCAGAAUUGUCCUCCCUGGAGGGAAAAAGGUACGAAGAUGUAUUUCUGUCCUCAUUUAUCCUGCAUGGCCAUCUGUGAAGAGGCUGGUCCGGUGAGAAGACAGUGGCAGAAGAGGGGGAAAAAGGUGAAGAGCCAAGAUGCAGUGGACUUGGGAACUUAC